AUCCGCGAGCCGCCAUCAUCCGGGCGUCACCCUUCCGACGCCACGACGGCGGACCGGAGCGCUGCCGUACUGUGGGAUUACAGCGAGCUGCUGAUCACCGCGCAGAGAGCGAGCAAGUGCCCUCACUCGAACCUCGUGGUGGCGGUUCGCACCGAGGCCCAUCGGCGGGCGCAGCGCAACGCCAUUCGCCGCACGUGGGGCCACCAUGGCAACUACGCAAACUGCAGCUUCGGACUCGUCUUCUUCAUGGGAGCCGCCUGGACCAACCGAGUCGUCAGACCCGUCAGGUGACAGCUUUCAAGGAGCAUGGCCACAACUACCAUGGAGCAGCUUGGCCACGUGGACGACCUACGUGCUCUGCAAGCAAGCCUGGGUGACUUGACACGGAACCAGGGCUUGCUCUUGGACACAGUGCAGCAGGAAAACAGCCGCUUUGCUGAUGCCUUGGGGAGCCUUGAUGAUGUGCUGCAGCGGGCGCGGGUGUACCAGGCCAAGUUGGUGCGCCUGAAACGCGACAUGACGGAGUUGCAGCAGAGGAGUAGUCGCCUGCGCAAGCGCGCCUUGCGGCUGCAGCAGAUGAAACAGAAGGAGGCCUUGCAGGCUGAGCAGCAACGCCAGCGAGACCUGGAACGCACGCGGCAGCUGCAGCCACGCGUGGCACCGCAGUUGGCUCCCCCUUAAACGAGCCAGCGCAUCUACUGGUGUGGGAUCUGCAGUGCGUGUUGCCCAAGAUGCAGAGAAAAGAGAGAUGCUGCUACCUGCAAUAAGUUCCUCUUCUUCCUCUAUGCUGCAUCCACUGAACAAAAUGAAUGACUGAUCGAGCCCGUAGAUGAGCCCCGGUAGUCAGCUCGCCGCGAGUUUUAUGACAUUUGCAUCUUGGGCUUGUUGAUAUAUAUUGUAUGAGAGGGUGUAUUGUGCUUAGUACAGGACACAAGAGUGACAGCAGAUGUGGUUAACUGCCGUCUUCCAGAAUCAGGUAUUGUGUCGAUGCUUUUAGCAUGUGUUUACUGAGGCACUUGGCAAAAGAUAUCUGUAUAGCUCUGUCCCUGGAAAUAAGGAUGUUUAAUGUUUAGCAUUAUGUGUGCUCUGUAUAUUAGACUUGCUACUACACCUAAGCCCUCAUCGGUUGUACUACAGCACUGCUGCCAUGAGAAUGCAGACAGCUUAUGGGGCUUAAGGGGCAAUUAUGUCAAGAAUGGCUCUUGAAUUGUCGUUGAUUUGAGAAGGUGCACUUCCACAAUUUCGCCGAAUCAUUGGCAGGAAAUAUCCACCAUUGCAUUAUCUUUAGCAUUUCCCUCAAGGUUUCCUGGAACCUAAGCACAGUAGGGAAGUGGCAAAGUGUACAAGUGUCAUUGUGGUAGCAGUGCAACAAUGCUGUACAUGUGCUCUGAAUGUUGCUAGAUGGGUUGGAACAUGUUGCUCGUCUGUUUAGAUCAUACUUGCAGGUUUGAACAAGUGCACUUUUUUUUACAAGUAUGAAAGAGACAUAAUAUGUCUGUCUUGUUUUCUUGCGAAGUGUUUUGCUUAUUUAAGCUGCGACGAGAUGGAUCUGUCAUGCCGUGGGCAGCUUGUCUGUAGAAUUCUUGCGUGUGGUGUGAGUCUAUACUACAUCAUGCUUGCCUGCAAACUAAAUCAGCAAUUUAGUCUGUCUUUGCGAGCCUAGCUACACUCACAAGACACUUUGAGAGCAUCCAUCUCUGUAAGAGCUGCAGAGACAAUACAAUAUUAUGUUACUCAGAAAAUGAGAAGUAUUCAGCAGCCGUAGGUGGGAUGCCCUUGGUGAAAGCAUGUCUGCCAGUGACAUGCAAGCAUCCCACAUCAUUCGCAAACAUUCCUGUAUGACAACACUUCACAAAGGGCUUUCUUUUUCUCCUUUAGCGCCAGAUGUUGCCUCUUUUCACCAUUUUUUCUGACGAACUAUAUCUUACACAGGGUAGGUGACAACUCAGGAUACAUUAUAGUACAAAUACUAUGGGAUGUGCAAUAUGAAACAGUUGUCAGAUAGCCAAUUGUGUCUAUGCAUAUGUGAAUCUUUAUUUUUUCUCUGAAGAAAAUGAUGUGCAAGAAGCCUAGCAGACCGAAUGGGACCUCAGCUCAUACAAUCAGUGCAUGGAAAGUAAAUAUGAAAGGUUAUGUACCGGCUUCAUGAAGGUUUUUAACAGUUCUCAUGUCCUAGGAAUUUUAAGCCUUCUGCAUAACAGAAGGCAUGCACCGUUUUCUGCAUAGUCCUACACAGCGUUGUAAACGUAAAGCAGAUUAACCUUAAGAUACUUCAUUUUACUUUUCGUGUAACAGAUUGUACCACACAUGAUCACAUGAUUAUGCAUUAAAAUAUUUACUCCUUGGCUUCCUCUGGUCAUCUAUCAUUUGCUCCAAGGACCUUUUCCAAAUAGCCCAAUGCUGCGUGUUGCUUGGCUAUACUGACACAUUUAAUUUUAAAUAGAGUGGUUUUGUACAUAAUUCUUUUCAUCUCUAUCGUGCCAAAAUGCUUUGUAUAUGUUUCUUCGGAAUAAAAGUGACGAGUGGGUUUUGACCUUGGGAUUAUUUGUUGCUUAUAUCAUGCCUUAGUGAAGUAGGCGCUGAGGACAUCAUCCGAAAUAGCUCUUGGCUUGAAAAGAUCGUAACUUUAGGAUCGUCUACCUGAAGAAAGCAAGGCCCAUACCUUGUCAAGAAUCAUUGUUAGGGUUGCCACCUGCCCAGUGUCAGACCAGUGCAGCCGAUUUUUCAGGCAUAGGGCUGGUUGCCGAUCGCAACUAAGACCGGCUGUCAUUGGCUGGUUUGUUUGACCAUCGUAUUAGGACUACUUUUUUGCAUUUUAUGAGCAUCAGCUCAACUACAAUGAUAAAUAUUUAUUGUCAAUCACCAUAACUUUUAUGCUAUUUUUUAACCACUUUCUAUCUUGUUCAUGUAAAAGCUCUAAGCAAGGUUAUUAUUGCAUGUGUACAUAUAAAUGUCCGAUACAUUGUGGCUUAUGCACUGUAUGUUUUUUUAACGUCAAUUUGCGCAUAUGAUGUCACAGGCCUGGUGGAUUCAGACGCAAAGAAGAGCGUUCUAUCAACGAAGUUGGUUACCUUUCAGUGCAGCACAUUCAGAGCAAUAACCAAAACCUCGGUCACUUUUAGCACAAAUGUUAUUCCAUUCAUUGUAUAUUUUAUGCCAACCAACAGACUAGUUCGUUAGAUCAGUGUUGUGUUUUUGUGUAUGUGUACAUUGUUGAUUUUGCUCUGGGGAAGCAGUGGUACAAUAAAUGGCAUUGCAUGUCAAAGACAUAACAUGCUGUC